UUACACACGUACACAUGUUUGGGAAUAACUCGAACGUUUCAUACUUUAGUAGAAAAACUUUUUGCAGACUUCUACCGUCGCAUUGUUGUAUGAAGAACAGGCCAGUAUGCUUUUGGAAAGCAAAAUGGAAGUUGCAGAGCUGUUAGCCCAGUUGGGUGAUCCUGGGUUGUAUCAAAUCCUAUUGUAUAUUUGUUUGUUUGUAUGCAACUCCACUGUCUCGAUGAACCAUCUUAUUAUGGCAAUAUAUGGAUACACACCAAAACACAGCUGUACAAUUCCUGACGGUAUGCUGAAAAACAACAGUAUUCCUACUGAAAUUAAAGAUGGAAAAACCUCGUUUGAAAAGUGCAAAGCGUUUUUGAGUUUCAAUGCUACACUUGGAAGCAAAAUGGAUUGUCCGAACGGAUGGACAUUUGAUAUCAGUGGAAAGGAAUCAUCAAUCGUGGAUGAGUGGUCUCUUGUGUGUGACGAAAAAUAUAAAGUCAGUGCGGCCACGACAAUUUAUUUUGCCGGUGUCAUGAUUGGUGGUGCUAUUUUCGGACAGUUAUCCGAUAAGUUCGGGCGGAAACCCGUGUUGUUGGUUUGUUUGUAUGGACACAUCCUACUUGGUCUUGGAGUACAUUUCGCUUCUUCAUACGAUGCAUUUGUAGCUAUCCGAUUUUUUCUCGGAUUUCUUGUACAGGGUAUACAGACGUCGUCAUACGUUCUGUUGGUGGAAAUGACGGUUGUUAAAUAUCGGCCGAUAUGUGCAGGCAUCUUUGAGGUGUGCUGGGCUGUUGGUAACUUAUGGAUGACUUCACUAGCCUGGGCAAUUCAAGAUUGGAGGAAGAUUCAGUUGGCGUUGUGUUUACCGAGUCUAAUCACGCUGUUUUACAUCAUUUUUGUUCCUGAAUCAAUACGUUGGUUGGUGAAUCAAGGCAAAAAUGAGCAAGCAGAGUAUCACGCUAGGAGAAUAGCACGGUUCAACAAAAAAGAACUACCAAACGAGUUGAACCUUUACGCAGGCUCGAAAGCGGUUAAAAAAGAUGGCAGAAAUUAUUCCUUUCACGAUCUUUUCAUAAACAAAGAAAUACGAAAGAGGACUAUGCUUAUGGGCUAUAUUUGGCUAGCUUCUUCUGUCGGCUACUACGGAUUGAUUUUGACUACUGGUGGACUUGCCGGAAACCGAUAUGCAAAUUAUUUUGUCAGUGCGUCUGUAGAAGUAAUAGCGUUUAUAUCCGUCAUAUUUAUUUUGAAAUACUUAACUCGUCGCAGACCUUUGAUGCUGUAUUAUAUCUUAGGAGGUGUGACCUGUAUCAUAGCGGGAACGAUCAAGAAAAGCGACAAUAUAGAUAACAACGAAGACAUUGCUACCGUUUUUGCCGUCAUUGGCAAAUUUUUUCUGUCAGCUGGAUUUUCUACUAUUUUUCUUUUCACUGUUGAGCUCUUCCCCACUGUGGUUCGUACGUUAGGCAUGGGAUCAUGUGUAUUUUGGGCUCGAGUUGGCGGUAUGAUUGCUCCGCAAAUUUUACUAAUUGGCGAUUAUACAUUCGAUGAGCUACCAUAUUUAAUUUUUGGUGGUUUAGCCCUACUUGCGGCUGUCGCAACAUAUUUUGUACCGGAAACCCGAGGCCAACACCUGCCAGAAACUAUUGAAGAGUUUAACAAAGAUUUCGAUUGUGAAAACGGAAAUACACAUGAUUCGAAAUUGUAGAACACUAUUGGUUUCUUUGGGUGGUAUAUUAAACUACACGCAUAUUAACCAGGCGAACUAAUGUUAUCCUUCAGGGGUUUACUGCCUGAAAAGUAACAGCAUUUAAGGAAGGGGCUGCCAGCCCUUACCCCAAUCCUACUCCCUGGCUGUCCCGGCCUGUUUUAUAUAUACACAUGAAAUUCAAAGACAAAUAUAUAAAAACUUACAAAAUUCUAAUACUUUUUUUUCUUAACUUAAACAAAUUUUCUACCAUUUAUGCUGGAUUUUUCUAGUCUUACGUUAAUUUUGCUAAAUUUAUAAAUUUUCUGCACGAGUGGGCAUCUUUGUUGUAGCGACUUACCAUACAUGUAGCAUAUAGAAUUGCGGUGAUGUCAGAAAAUAUGUUGUAAAAAUAUAUAUCUUUGUAUUAAUAAACCACUUCGCUAUGUAUUUACAUCACCAUUAUAAAAAUAUAUCAUUUACAUAAUUUACAUUAUAUGUACCUAAUUAAACAUUAAUUCUUCGUGUGACCAUGCAAUAUAGACUGAACAGAUCUAGCAAACCUCGA